UUUAGGAGAAAAGAAAGUUAACACAGAGGAGCUGCAGUCAACACAACUGUGUUUCUAUAUGAAGGAAACUUACACUGAGUUCUUCACUUCUUUCUCAACGACUGACUCAAACACUGAAAUGUCUGCUGCCAGCUGUCUGAGAUCUGAAGAUCCGUUUCUGUGCUCCAUCUGUCUGGAUGUGUUCACUGAUCCAGUCAGCACACCAUGUGGACACAACUUCUGCAAAAACUGCAUCAAUGAACACUGGAACAGUAAUGUCCAGUACCUGUGUCCACUGUGUAAAAAUGUUUUCAACACAAAACCUGAACUUCACAUCAACACAUUGCUCACUGAGGUUGUUUCUCAGUUCAGACAGGAAGCUCAACAGAAAGCCAGCAGCAGCAGCUCAGAGCAACAAGCUGACAAACCAGGAGAAGUUCCCUGUGACGUCUGUACUGGAACCAAACUGAAGGCCCUGAAGUCCUGUCUGGUGUGUCUGACCUCCUACUGUGAGACUCACCUGGAGCCUCAUCUGACAGCUUUAGGCCUGAAAAGACAUCAGCUGAUGGACCCUGUGGAGAACCUGGAAGACAGGAUGUGUAUGAAGCACGAUAAACCUCUGGAGCUGUUCUGUAAGACUGACCAGACAUAUGUAUGUGUCCUCUGCUCUGUUUUAGACCACAAGACACAUGAGUUUGUUCCUCUGAAAGUAGAAUAUGAAGGAAAGAAGGCAGAGCUGGGGAAGACAGAGGCUGAAAUUCAGGAGAUGAUCCAGAAGAGACGACUGAAGAUUCAAGAGAUCAAACAGUCAGUUGACCUCAGUAAGGAAGCUGCAGACAGAGAGAAAGCAGAAGGUGUUCAGGUCUUCACCGCUCUGAUGGAGUCUAUUAAAAGAGGUGAGGCAGAAGUCAACAAAACAAUCGAAGAAAGACUGAAAAUGACAGAGAAACAGGCUGAAGACUUCAUCAAAGAGCUGGAACAGGAAAUCUCUGAGCUGAAGAAGAGAAGCUCUGAGGUGGAGAAGCUCUCACACUCUGAAGACCACCUCCACCUCCUCCUAAACUUCCCAUCCCUGAAAGCUGCUCCACCCACCAAAGACUGGACAGAGGUCAGCGUCCGUCCACCAUCAUAUGAGGGGACUGUGGUGAAAGCUGUGGCUCAGCUGGAGGAGAUGCUCAGUAAACAGAUGAAGAAGCUGCUCGCUGAAGUCAAGCUGAAGAGGGUCCAGCAGUAUGCAGUGAAUGUGACUCUUGAUCCUGAUACAGCACAUCCUAAACUCAUCCUGUCUAGAAGCAAGAAACAAGUACAUCAUGGUGAUGUGAAAAAGAAACUCCCAGACAAUCCAAAGAGAUUUAAAUGUUACCCAAAUGUUUUAGGAAAGCAGAGUUUGUCUUCAGGCAGAUUUUACUUUGAGGUUCAGGUUAAAGGGAAGACUGAGUGGAAUUUAGGAGUGGCCAGAGAGUCGAUCGAGAGGAAGGGACUAAUCAUUCUGAGACCUCAGUAUGGUUUCUGGACUAUAUGGUUGAGAAAUGGAAAUGAGUACAGUGCUUGUAAUAAUCCUCCAGUAGUUCUCUCUCUGAAGUCUCGUCCUCAGAAGGUGGGGGUGUUUGUGGAUUAUGAGGAGGGUCUGGUCUCCUUUUAUGACGUAGAUGCUGCAGCUCUUAUCUACUCCUUUACUGGCUGCUCCUUCACUGAGAAACUCUACCCAUACUUCAGUCCCUGUAAUAAUGAUGGUGGUAAAAACUCUGCCCCUCUGAUCAUCUGUCCUGUCAAUCACACAGCAUGAUGAUUUUUCUAAUGAUCAGCAAUUAGUAUUGCAGCAAUGCAUAUACUUAUUAAACUAAUUUCUAUGUUUAAUGUCCACUGCGAAAAUAUAGACCAGACCAAGUAUUGAUACCACAAUACUGGCACAGCAGUGAAUACCAGGAUAUUUAUCUACAGGAUUGGAGACAUAAAAACAAAACAAACAAUGAAAGGAUUCAUUCAUGGUAAUUAAUGGUAAUUCAUAAAGUACAGUGUAAACUUUAGAAUAUUAUUAGUGUGGUCACUGCAUAGUGUCUCUAUUGAUUAAUUCACCUCUUCACCACUGGUUAAGGUGUCUAUGGUGAUGUACCAUAUAUCAAGACAUUUGUUCUUGUAUGAAAUGCAGCCAGGUAUGUACAUAUUUACAUUUAGUAAUUCAAUUGCAUGUCAGUUAGAUGUUAAUAAUAAAUCAGUUUCAAUAAACCCUUAAUCAAAUUUUAGUGCUUCAUUUUAGAACUGUCAAAAUGCUGAGAUGUCCCUUCACUGAGAAUUAGUACCCACCCUUUUACCAAUCAGAAUUGAGUAUUCAGCCAAGCAUAACGUAACCCGGCAGUGUUUAGCAUAAACCCCCUGCUGCUGUAGAGGUAUAAAUACAUUCAGCGCACACUACUACUACUACAGUCUACAGUUAGCCAGUUAGCUGAGUUAGCCGCCGAGUUAGCUGCCGAGCUAACCGCCGAGUUAGCGGCCAAGCUAACCGCCGAGUUAGCUGCCGAGCUAGCAACUGAGCUAAUUCCCGAGUUAGCUGCCAAGCUAGCAACUGAGUUAGCCGCCGAGCUAACCGCCGAGUUAGCUUCCGAGCUAGCAACUGAGUUAGCCGCCGAGCUAGCCACCGAGUUAGCCGACGAGCUAGCCGCCGAGUUAGCAGCUGAGAUAGCAGCAGAAAGCACUCAGAAUUAGCGUCCAUGUUUCUGGUAGAGGUGGUGACUUUGAUUGACAGAUGACACUUGGUAGGGGGCGGGGAUUCAGCGGACUCGGCGGGCACUGCCACAGCGUUUGGGAGAAGAGAAAUAGGUUGAUUUUUACACAACUUUGAAGCCUAAUUUCAUAUAUUUGGCGAUUUUUUUAAACAUUCAAAUUUGGCAGAGUGGUUAACAACACACUUUUCUGUGGUAUGUCAAACUCAGAACACAUAUUUAUUCUUACUUUACACAGACUUUAAGUUUAGUUUUCCUUCUUCCAUGCUUUGUAUUCAAUUGAGCAAAAAACAGCGAGCAGUAUACAGCAGAAACAGUCUUCUUUAUUUGAGCCUUUGAGAUUAUAUGUCUGCAAAUAAAGAUGGAAAAUAUUGUUUAACUAAUUAUUUGCACUGUGAAAUUGUUCUGUGAUAGGAAUGUUUUUGUUGAUAAAUGAGUAUUGGCUACUUCAUGCUACAGUCAGCUAACUGGCUAAUUGCUACCAUCUGUAACAUUUACAGUUCAUGUAGUAAAUCUGAGUUAUUUAUCUUGCUGUAUGUUUAUUAUACGUUAAAAUAUUCAUCUGUCAUAUCACAUGUAAAAGGAGAAAGGUUCAAUUUUACAAUUUAAAAAGUUGUUUAUUUCAUGUUUAAUCAUUUAAUCAGUUUGUACAUCUACCUAUUUAUACUUUAAUUUCAUAUCUGUGCAGUAUAUAUUGAUACAUGCUUUGUAUUGUACUCAGUUUUACAGAAACAACCACCAGUAAAGCCA